GCGUAGCACCUACCCUGAAAGAAACAAAACCGAACCUUCGGUCUGCUGCGACGGUAUCCACGCUAGGUUUUUCUCCACCGGGGUCGGUUCUGUGCCGUCUUUCUCGUCUCAGCGGAGGAGGAAUAAUACUCCGCUCUCGCCUCUCUUUCGCUCAUGUGCGAUUCAACCGCCUGACUGCGAGGAGUCUGAAGAUGCAAUGGCUGGGACGCCAGCGACCGCUGUAUCGAACCGACUAAGCCGAAGUGCCAACGCCUGCCAAAGAUGUCGGCGGCGGAAGCAGAAAUGUGAUCUCAAAUAUCCGAGAUGCUCCAGCUGUGAAAACGCUGGUGUUGCUUGCUUAAGCUACCAUGCCGGCAAACAAGCAGAGGUGCCAAGGAACUAUAUCUCGAACCUUGAGACGGAGCUCGCAAGACUGAAGAAAGAACUGGAGGAGCUCCGUGGUUCGGUACCUCAAGAGAAUGGAUCACCCUCCAAUGCUGUUUCGCCUCGUGGUGAAGUCGCUGCCAUCACGCCGGCAAGGUCAAGCAGCAUGAGUGGGUUAGAGGAGCAUUUCGUGAACCAGCAAGAGCUUGUGAAGUCGAUGGGGCUCGUUGUGCUGGAGCCGUCCAACCAGCCAAGAUUCCUGGGAACCUCCAGUGGCGUAACGCUUGCGAAGAUCGUUAUGGCUUCAAUGCAAUGCCACAUUUUGCCAACUCCGCCUUCUCCAACUGUCGAACUUGGUAGCGAGCCGGUAUACAGCAGGCAGUCUUCGCUGCCUCCUCGCAGGGCUGCUGCACAGAUCAUCGACGCGUACUUCGAGUAUCGGACCCCACAUUAUCCGAUCGUAGAUAGAACGGAGGUCGGUAUGGCCAUUGAGCAGGCGUAUGGGAGAGCGAGAAGUACCUUAGUCCAUGAUGGCGAGAUGGAUCAAAGUCUGUUUAUCUGUUUCAUGGUCUUCGGGAUCGGGUUAUGCGGAAUGCUUAACGCUGCUGGCGAACGUCCGCCGGAAAGCGAAGGCUGCUUCAACUCAGCCCUGCAAUAUCUGGACACCGUCUUGUCCUACUCUAAGAGUGACCUAGACACGCUGAGAACCAUCCUCCUACUGGCUCAGUAUAUCUCCUUGAUGCCGUCGAGAGGUAGUCUUUGGAGGUUGACGGGCCAUGCGCUCCGAGUCGCUAUUGAUAUUGGCUUGCAUUGGGAAACAGAUGCGAUUCUCGGACUUGACCCCACCCUCCUUAACCGACGACGGCGACUGUUCUGGGCAGCAUACCAGUUCGAUAGGCUGUUAGCCAUUACACUUGGACGACCGUUUGGCGUCGUCGAUCCCAGCACAAGCGUCGGUUUCCCUAAUCCGUACGAAGAGCGGCAUCCGAUAGCUGCGGCCGAUGUCCAUUUCCAAAAGAUAGCGAACCACGUCGCCGCGCUUGCCAAGCUUGAGUCAGAGAUCAAGCAUGUAUUGUAUCAUCAACUCCGCGAAAACUCGAUUGCAUAUCCACGACCGAAUUACUCCAUCUGGCUGCAAAGCAUCCAGCCACGACUCCAAGAGUGGCAGGCGACGGUCCCAGCGCCAACGAGCUCCUCUCCCCGGAGCAUUUACUCCUGCGAUAGUUGGUGGAGUGCCGUGUACAAUAACGCCCUUUUGUUGCUGCACAGGCCGAAUCCUCUCGUGCCGCAGCCGUCGGUGGAAUCCUUGCGUAUAUGCUUCGAAUCAUCAACCCGACUGAUUCGGGAUGUGAAGGCCUUGCAGCGAGAGCAUCGAAUUGAUAUUCUUUGGGUUUGGACUCAUCGGCUAUUCAUAGCUGGCCUGACCUUGAUGUACUCCAUCUGGAAUUCUGAAGAGAUCAAGGCGGCUUAUCCGGUCGACGAAAUCGUAAACACCAUCCACUGCGGCGCCUCGACCCUCUCGGCGAUCACAGAGCGGUUUCCAGGUGCGAAUGGGUGCCGCGACGCUUUCGAAACACUAGCAUCCGCCACAAUGAAGAGGCUGCUGUCUCCUCAAAACCCGGUGACUCUUGGUCCCGACCUCGAGACGUUACAGCACAAUUUCCCGAGCGCCCCCUGGACCCAGAACUUACAGCCUGAGAACUCCAUAGAGGAUGUAUUCUCAAUGCUGUCCAAUGAGACCUUUUCGUUCAGCGAGAUGCUUGGUUCCAACGCCCAGUGGGCGGCGGAAUUCGUCGGCCUGGACCAGGACAUCAGCUUUGAGUGGUAGUGGAUCCAUAUUAGUGUCCCAAAACAUCUUUGACGGUCGUCGCAAGGCCUGGCAAAUCGUCGGCCGCCAGUACGGUCAUCGUGCAGAUUGACGGCUCCGUCUGCGACUGCGAAGGUAGAUGGACAUGGGCGAGAAUGGGUUCAGGGGCUCGAGAUGCAUUUCUGAAGUGAGAUGGGACGAAGCAGGCGUGAGGGAAGAACUCAGGAGGUCGGGAGGACGCUAG